GUGGGGAGUAUGGUCUGAUGAAAGAUGAAGCCUACUGCCAGGUGAUGAAACAGGUCACAGGAAACACCAGCUCCAAAACGGACAGUUGUCAGAGAGGCUGGAGGCUACUCUAUAUCCUGACUGCGUUCCAUCGCUGUUCUGAGGUCCUGAAGCCCUUCCUUUUAACGUUCCUGCUGGACGCCUGCUCUGGUCCUGGAGUCCACUACCAAGGUAUAGCCAAGGCGUGUGAGCAGAACCUGAGGAGGACCUUCCAGUACGGAGGAAGAAUCGAACACCCCAACAGCAUGGAGCUGAAGGCCAUGCUGGCUGGGCGGAGCUCCAAGAGACAGUUGUUCCUCCUACCAGGCGGCAUCGAGAGACACCUCAAAAUCAAGACCUGCUCGGUGUCUCUGGAUGCUAUAGAGGAGCUAUGUAAUGACAUGGGACUGCACAGACUGGAGGCCAUGGAUGAGUACGCUGUAUUUGUGGUCACACACCGAGGUCAGAAUGUCCGUCCCCUCAAUAAGAGGGAGUACAUCCUGGACAUUACUACGGAGGCGGAGACAGUGGACAGUAACUACAGCCUGUGGUUCAGGAGGGUCAUCUGGACACAGCCGCUUAAAUUUGACAACGAGCUUUGUGUCACCAUGCAUUAUAACCAGGUGUUACCAGACUAUCUGAAGGCCUUGCUGAGUGUGGUUCCUCAGAGUAAAGCCAGUGAGCAGCAGCUGCAGCAGUUGGCCAAGCUGGCGGCAUUACAACACCGUGCUAAAGAUACUGUCUUCCUGCCCACCAUUGGUGAGGUCCAGGAGUAUGUCCCCUCCCAGCUCUACAUCAGACAGCCUCCUCAGCCCUGGCUCAACAUGGUCACUCAGCAUAUGCAGCAGGUCUCUCCUCUGAGUCCUCACCAGGCCAGGGCUCAGUUCCUCGGUCUGGUCAGUGCGUUCCCCAUGUUUGGUUCCUCCUUCUUCUACAUCCAGUCCAGCAGCAACAUCUCCAUCCUGGCUCCCUGUGUGUUGGCUGUCAACCAGAACGGACUGCACUUCCUACACAAGGACUCACAUGAGGCCACGGCGCGUUACCCUCUGAAUGAGAUCCAGUCCACCAGAACCCAGAGACCAACAGGAGGCUCCAGCUCCUCCUAUCCCUACGUAGACAUUCUGCUAGGAGACCUGCUGACACAGCGAAUCACGCAGCUGCAGCUGGAACAGGGUCUGGAGCUGUGUCGGGUCAUUGCCAUGCACAUGGAAAACAUGCUGUCUGUCCGGGAGAAGAGACUCACCCUGCCACCGAGUGAGAUCACUCUGUUAUAACACUGUCUGUCAGUCAGUCAGUCUGUCUGUCUGUCUGUCAACCAGCUACUCAGUCAGUCAGUCAGUCAGUCAGUUAGUCUUUCAGUCAACCAG